GUACUCUACAAAAUAACCUUUGGCUGAUGGACCUGUCCCCUUUGACACUGAAGCCUGAAGACACCUCUACUGCCAGCCAAUCCCUAAGCACUGGGGGUGGAAUCACAUGCUGUUUGCUCACAGGAAGAGCAUUCUGCAAACUCUAAUAUCUCAGUCAAAAGUUUCAUAGCUGGUGGACCAUGGAGCUUCUUGUGAAUGUGAACAAAUGGAUAGAAGAAAACAAAACUGCCUUUUUGCCACCUGUUUGCAAUAAGCUUAUGCAUCGCUAUCAAUUAAAUGUGAUGUUUGUUGGAGGGCCAAAUGAAAGGAAGGAUUAUCAUAUUGAAGAAGGAGAAGAGCUUUUUUACCAGGUUCAAGGAGAUAUGUGUUUGAAGAUAAUUGAAAAUGGGAAACAAAAAGAUGUUAUCAUCCGAGAAGGGGAGAUGUUCCUCCUACCUGCCAGGAUACCUCAUUCUCCUCAGAGAUAUGCAAACACUGUGGGUCUUGUGAUUGAAAGGGAAAGACUAAAAACAGAAAUUGAUGGGCUAAGAUACUAUGUUGGAGAAUCAACUAAUGUCCUCUUUGAAAAAUGGUUUCACUGUGAAGAUCUCGGCAUUCAACUUAUACCAAUAAUUAAAGAGUUUUUCAAUUCAAGGCAAUAUCAAACUGGAAAACCAAAUCCAGAUGAACUCCUGAAAGAAACACCUUUCCCACUAAAUUCCACUUCCGUUAUGGAGCCAUUUUCCUUCCCAGGCUGGUUAAAAGAUCAUCGUGGUGAAAUAAAACAGAAGAAAUCCUUGAGUAUGUUUGGAGAUAAUUUUGAAACAGAGGUUAUAGCUUAUGGACCAGGAACAACUGAGAAAAGUAAAAAGAAUUCAGAUAUCUGGAUAUGGCAGCUGGAGGGCACCUCAACUGUUACCAUGGAUGGUAAGACCCUGACUCUAUCUGCUGGUGACAGCCUGCUUGUUCGUGCCCAGUCUAUGUAUAGCUGGAAAAGAACAGAAGAAUGCAUUGCUCUCUGCAUCGCUCAGGAUCCAAAACGCAAGCAGCCUUAUACCUAGCUCCUGUGUCAGUUGACUUUGAUGAUAACUAAGUUUUAGCCUACUUUAGUCUUAAAGAUCUUUUAGGCAGAAAUUUCAAGUUUAACACAAUGAAUUAAGUGGAGUCAAGUCCUGUGCCCAGUUAAAACCUUUUCCCCCAAAUAAAGUUUUAGCAAAAUUUA